AUUCUUUUAAUGCCAAGCCUGAACCGUAUCUGAGGUACAAUGACCGACUCAUCGGUUCCUCAAACUAGUCCAGUUCCCGAUCCAACAAUUGUGGAUCCCACGUCUCUAAACGGAGAGUGCGAGUCUGCAGAUCAGCCCCAACCCAAAACACCAAGUUCCGGGGCUACUUUCAACAUGGACCAAAGCAUGAAAAUAGCCGACAAUGUCGAGGACCGAGGGUUACUGGAGAGCAGCAUGCGCCUCAAACCUCAUGAGGCCCAGAGCUACCGCAAGAAGGCAUUAUGGGUAUCGUGGGUGUCCAUUGUGGUGACGCUGAUCCUGGCAGUGGCCGCAUUCACUGUUUCCAUCAUGAGGCAUAGUGCAUCAGCCUUUGGUUUUGCUUUUGAUGCAACUCUGGAUGUUCUGUCCUCCAUAAUUGUGCUUUGGCGCUACAGUAAUGCAGCAGCUGUGCAUUCUGCUCACAGGGAAUACAUAGCCUGUGUUAUCUUAGGUGUGGUGUUUAUUUUGUCUGCCUUUACCAUCCUAAUCAAAGCCAUCCAUGACCUGGCCACCAAGUUACUGCCUGAAGUGGAUGACUUUCUCUACAGUGUGUCGGUUGUCAGUGGAGUGGUGUGUAUUAUACUGGCUGUGCUUAAGUUCAUGCUUGGGAAGGUACUAACCAGCAGAGCCCUGAUCACUGACGGUUUUAAUUCACUCGUGGGAGGAGUUAUGGGGUUCUCCAUCCUCAUCAGUGCAGAGGUGUUUAAACACGAGCCCAAAAUCUGGUACCUGGAUGGAACCAUCGGUGUUCUGAUCGGCCUCAUCAUACUUGGCUACGGAGUCAAGCUGCUGAUUGACAUGGUGCCACGGGUCCGAAUGACAAGGAAUUAUGAACGCUUCGAGUAG